AUGCGGAGACUGUUUCAAGUCUAUCUUUCUCAGUACUUGAGAGCGUUGGAAACAGAAGAGAAUGAUGAUAAUAAUCAGGACCAAUAUGAUGAUGAUGAAUACAUACUUGAAGAGGACGAAGAAGAACUCUUCAACAGCGUCUAUCAACAACAAAGUGGGGAAGACACCGAAGAGGACGAUGAAAUGUACACAACAACAACAACAACUAACCGAGGACGACAAUCAUCAUCAGGUUUGGCCCGAACAGGUCGCGAUCGGCAAACACGACAACAGGCACAAAAGCUCAGAGAAGAGGAAAAGGAAAGACUUUUUCAAGAACAAGUACGAGAGAGGUUAAAGGCUUUGAAUGAGCAUGAAUUGGGUCAAAUCAUUAGAGCUCAUAUUGGAAGAUUUUGUCAACAGCCACAUACAUCUCAAUUUCAACACCAAAAUGCUUCAUGCUCGAAUGGCAUGGGUAGUUGUAAUAGUAAUAUUCUGGCUGCAUCUUCUUGUGUAGACGAUGCAGACAUCAUGAUUGACGAUGGUCAAGAUGUACAAAAUAACUCUGGGUGCAUGCAUGAUCGAUACAAAAAACGACAUUACUUUAGUGGAGUGAAUUACAAUAACGAUAAGAGUUUAAUUCACAUGCUCCAUAAAAGGAAAAUUGGAGGAUGUGGGGCUGGAGCUUUACAUCGAAAUUGUGGCUCACGAAUGUCACAAGGCCAAUUAGCAAGCAUUUCCUCACGAUUCAUUCCAUGCACAAACAAAGGACCAAUUGGUCAAUUUGACUCCUAUUUAUUUUGUGGACAAUUCUCUUUGGAUGGCAAUUUCUUCAUGAGUGCGUGUCAAGAUCAAUUAAUUCGAAUAUAUGAUGUAAAUACAAUUUUGCUUAAAAAGUCUGCCAUCUCAGAAAACACUGAACAAACUUGUUCAAAUGAGCAUGACGAUAUUACUAGCGAACAUCAUCAUGAGGAUAGCAACUCUAUGGAUGAUUCAGAGGAGGAAUACUACACGAGACCUAUUCGUAGCAGAUAUGGCAUGAUGCACAAUCAAAAUUUAAGCAAAACUCCUACAAUGAAACAUAUCAGAGAAAUUCAAGCAAGAGAUGUUGGAUGGAGCAUUAUUGAUUGCAAUCCAUCUCCAGAUAACAAAUUUUUGGUGUAUAGUAGUUGGAGCGCUUACAUUCAUUUAGCAACCUUUGUUCCUCAUGAUUACGAUCCAAACGAAGAUAUUGACAAACGUGUCAAGUACAUUGAAAAGCAUGAAAGAUUGUACCUUAAUCCUGGGAAUAUCCGAUUUUGUGCCUUCUCUGUUCGAUUCAGUCCAAAUGGAAAGGAAAUUCUUGCUGGUUCGAACGAUGACCACUUAUACAUUUAUGAUCUCGACAAAAACAUAAGAGUUGAAAGAAUUCAUGCACAUCGCUCAGACAUUAACAGUGUAUGCUAUGCAGGUAGUAGCCACCCUGAAAUUUUCUUUUCUGGUAGCGACGAUGGUUUGUGUAAAGUGUGGGAUCGAAGAGUGUGCUCUUCCUCCUCUAGUAGUGCCGUUGGUGUUCUUGUUGGUCACUCAGAUGGUAUUACAUGUGUUUCAUCUAAGGGUGAUGGAAGAUACUUUAUCAGCAAUGGAAAGGAUCAGACCUGUAAAUUGUGGGACAUUCGUAAGAUGGCUGAUCCAAACUCUAACAUUUCACAGAUUCCAAAAACUAACAAUUUAUGGGACUACAGAUACGAAGUGGCACCCGCAAGACACUCUCGUGUCAUUCAUCACAAUGACCAAUCACUCAUGACCUAUACAGGACAUCAGGUUCUUCAAACAUUAAUUCGAUGCUAUUUCAGUCCUGCUCAGUCCACAGGACAACAAUACAUCUAUACUGGAAGUCAUGAUGGAAAGAUCUAUGUGUACGAUAUUUUAACUGGAGAAAUUGUCAAACGACUGGAAGGUCACGCUCACAUUGUGAGAGAUGUGCAUUGGCAUCCUUUCCUUCCUCUCAUGUUUUCGUCUUCAUGGGACGGAAGCUGCUUAAUGUGGGAAAGAUAA